GAGAUGGAUAUAGGCAGUCCACUCACUUGCGGUUUCUUGACAAGUACGCAUGGCUGUGUAAGAUUAAAAAAGUCGCAAAGAUUUCUGAAAAUUUCAGUCGCGCUUCGUAACCAGUGUGGUAAGGUUCUGCACACCUCUACAUGGCCAUGGGGCACUUACAAAAAAUAGCGCAAUUAAUUACACAUCGACCAGUACAGGAGUAGCUGCGCAGUCGCCUUCCGACGGGAUUGCGGUAUCCCUGUGCAACACAAGUUUCCCCACAAAGUCACGAAAGGUUAUGCCGCCGAUCAGUAUCAUGUGUUCUUCAAAUGUUCCAAUAAAUCAUAGCGUUACAGAGGCUGCAAACUCUCAGACACAACUGACUCGAAAAGAGAUAUGCCAAAAACAAUACUCAGACAUUUCGACUAUUAACGGUACCAAAUAUUGUGGAGCUAUCGACGAUGGGUAUCUAUGUUGGCCUCCCACGCUUGCCGGAAAAACGAUUUACCAAAAAUGUCCACCUGAAAGAUUGAGCGACACGAACAAAAACGCUUUCCGAGUCUGUGGACCUAAUGGAAUCUGGCUAAAUCGUAAAGCCACGGAAUGUAAUCCUGGCUGGACCAACUAUACUCCCUGCUUCCCAGGAGACGUGCGCAAUUUACUUACCAAGGUUUAUGACAAUGAGCAGGAUGCCCAGGUGAAAUUUGAUAUUGCUGAAAAAACCAGAACGUUGGAAAUUGUUGGCUGUUCUGUGUCGUUGCCAGUAUUAAUCAUAUCUUUGGCAAUCUUCAUGUAUUAUAGAUCUCUGCGCAACACCAGAACACGGAUCCACAAAAGUUUGUUCACCGCUAUGAUAGUUCAAGUUAUAAUCCGUCUAACUCUGUAUAUUGAUCAGGCUUUGGCGAGAAACAGGAUAAAAGAUGGCGUGUCAAGUGAUGCAUACUGGUCCAUUGGAAAUAUGCCAUACCUUUGCGAGGCGUCUUACGUUCUUCUGGAAUAUGCUGGGACGGUAAUGUUCUUAUGGAUGUUUAUCGAAGGUUUAUAUCUCCACAACAUGGUGACAAGUAAUUCUUUGAGAUCCCGUUGGUCCCACUCGACGUACUUUGCUCUGGGCUGGGGGUUCCCAGUAGUUAUAACCGGGAUUUGGGCCAUGACGUCACAUUUUCAUUACCGACAGGAACCUGCUAUUAGCUGCUGGUACGGAUAUAACUUUACCUCAUUGUAUUGGAUUGUACAAGGACCACGAUUGGCGGUGAUAAUUAUCAACUUGGUAUUCUUAUUGAACAUCAUGAAAGUUCUUAUAAUUAAACUGCGCCGGAUUGUAAGUAAUGACAUUGUUAAAGUGAGGAAAGCAGUACGUGCAGCACUUGUUUUGUUGCCACUUUUGGGUAUAACCAACGUGCUUAAUAUGAUUGAGCCACCUCUAAAUUCUGUAUGGUUGUUUGCUCUGUGGAGUUAUACUACACACUUUUUAAGGUCUUUUCAGGGGUUUUUCAUUGCUCUCAUUUACUGUUUCAUGAAUGGUGAGGUUCGCGGAGUACUUAAAAAACAAUAUGACGACCAUAUGGCAAUGCGGGCCCCCGCCAGACCGGGUCAGACCAGACCCAGGGGAUGUAACCAGCGCCAUCAGGAACAGAACAGUGGCACAUUUUUCAGGAACAUAUGCUGCCCACGCCGCUCUGAGCCGGAGCUGCCAUUGGACCGCCCGGCCACUCCCCACCCAAGCUAUGCUGUUUCGGAGACCGAUGUGGAUGUUGAAACCCCUGGCGAGUCAUCGUAAACAGAGUUCAACGCAUUAGCCGCCGCGCCCGCCCCGCCAACACGUGCGCAGGAUCAGGGGGAUCCCCGUGGACCCGUCGAUGUACAGCACCGGCGAGAUCCCACGUGUGAUAGUUUGGCGAGUGCGCGAGAACCACCCGCGUAAUUAAACUCCAGUAAACUUAAAACCCAAUUUAAACUUCAAAGCUCUUUACGGUUAUUGUCAAUGUAGUCAAGUUCAAUCAUCUUAAUGUUAGCUGAAAAUAAAAAAAUGAAAUAAAAAAAUUGCCACAUGUGGCAAACUUUUGCGGUCAACUGCUUGACCUUAAUAUUAGUACUAUUGCACUUUAGCCGCUUUAUUCGAAUAAGAAUAUUUAUUAUAUUCUAAUUAUAUUUUUCCGAAAACCAUGCGGCUAAAGUGAACGAUUCUCAUAAUACUAUUAAUUAAUCUAGUCAAUAAUCACGUAAAGCUUUUAGUGUACUUUGAGAUAAUUUACAUAUACUUGUGUUGGAAGAGUUACUAUUUGUUUUGUUAAGUUGUAACUUAAGGCUAUGAAUUAAGUAAAGUAAUUUAAUUCUUAAACAAUAUAUUAGUUAUCAGCCCAUAAAAACAUUGGCUUAAUGUACUACUUUCCAAAUCAAGAAAUCGGUGAAAAGGGUAAUUUUGAACUUCAUAUUGGAAGUAAAUUAAAUAACUUAUUCGACCUGUUAUGUGCUUAAAAUUAGAUAAGAACUUUUCGGAAAAAUUAAACAUGUAAAUAUAAUUAGUGAUUUUUGAUCAAGGAGUGGUAUACCCUUGAUUUAGCUAUUCAGCAGCGCAAGAAACAUCAAAGAGUAUUUUUGAGGCAUAUUGUCCUUGCGAGACAUUUCCUUCUCAAUGACAGGUCUCGUCCAGGUGUUUUGGAUUGUCUCUUUUACAUUCUUAGAGAUAUAUUUUCUCUGUCAAACUGCAACGAAUAUGGAACAGGCAGGUCUUAGAGCGAAAUAGGUUUAGUUAGAGGGAAUUUUAAAACACUUAAUGAGAGUUUCCUAACCAACGGAAACACUCGCUGAUCUUGCUCCAUGUACUUUACGGCGCAAAGGGAUAGGCUACGAUUAUAAAUAAUAAUAUUAUUUAUUUUAUUUACAAAAGUUUAAAUGAACUAUUACUGUGAUCUUUAAUUUAUUUUUACCAAAUUGACAAUAAAAUCUUAUUUAUAUGAGGCAAACUGUGACUAUGGAUAUAAUACAUAGACAUAGUUUACCUAAACUAAUUAUUGUAUAAAAUAUUUGGUAAAUUCAAUUAUUCGAAUAUAUAAUUGAGUUGUUACAUUUCAUUUUUCUCAAAUAUCUACAAUUAUUAUGGAACUGUUAAUAAUAUUUAUUCAAAUAUGUAUAUUUUAUGACAAAAUAGAUCAUUUAUUAUUGCUUCAGAAGCAUUAAUAUGUUAUAAAAAUAGAUGGGGAAUAUUUUGGUAUUUUAUCAAAACUUGCUGUGAUGUUGUAUGAUAAGGAACUGGAGGCCUUCCGAUAGAUUAAUGACUAAGGCCGGGAAUAACUCUUGUACAGGAUAUAUUGUAUGUUUGAGAUAUUUAAGAUAAACUCAUUUCAAUCCUCAAAGAGUAUUGAAUUUGCUUUAUAUUGUUAUUCAUAUACAGAGAUAUUCUUAUGUAUUUUAUCAAAUAUUUUUCAUAUAUUUUAUGUUGCCUAAUAAAUAACUAGGGUUAAUUUGUAUCAUUUUAAAGCUUAUUGUAAGUGAUAUCGUCUAGUCGUUCUUUUUUAUCAAGUUAAAAGUCCUGAAUUAUCUUAAAUUUUAUUUCUUUAAUGAUUACAUAAUUUAAUGACUAAAAUGUUUAAAAAGCGAAGGAAUCUAGUCAACUGUAAAUUGAAACAAUGUAAUAUGUAAUGAUUGAGAUAUAUAUUAUAUAAGUGAUUGUUGGGAAAGGAAGCGCUUUAUAUAUCGUACUGUAAUUGACUAAAAAUGGGCGUGGCUUAUGAGGAGUGGUUAGUAUAUAAAGAAAUUAUUAAGCGAAUGGUCCAAAUUAUAAAAAAGUUCUAAAUUUUUCAAUAUUGAAAAUAAACAUGUUUUGGGUGAACUAUUUAAAUACGUUAUCCUCAUUUUAAUAUUGAAUAUUAUUUCAACCAUUUGAACCUUAAUUUUAAAUAAUAUGUUCUGUUUUAGGUAAGGUUUAUAAAUGUUUGUAGUACGAGUAGUACAAUUAAUAGCAAAUAAGGCAUAUUUUGUAAGUAUUGCCUGAUUCACCGUUGCCAAAGCAUUAUUUAAAAAUGUAUGUGCACACAUGCUUGUAUAGCUCUGUACCCGGGGUUCUUUUAUGAUGACCAUACAUCAAUUCAGGCAAUACAUACAGACAUUUUUUCUCAUAUAUCUGAAUGUGUUAAUUAUAAGUCAAUUAUAUUUCUUGGUGUUCAAUUAAAG